CCCUGCAUGUUUUCCGGUCUUGCUGUGGCGUGUCUGACGCAGCUCCCUGUCACUUUUUAUUAUUCAACAGUCAGACUUGUGACCUUUGGAGGGAAUUAUGGAGCUUGUCUAACACUUUCCAUCGCCUGUGCGUCGGGGCGUGUUGCUGUGUUUCCGUCAGGACUCGUCCAGACGCGUUGCGUGUCUCCUGGGCGAAUCAAGUUCAGAUCUUAACAUCACAGCUUCUCAAAACACAAUGCAGACCAACUGUCCUCCACUGCAGCUUGAUGCAGAGCGCUUGGUGAUAUACUUCACACCUGGACUCCAGGUUUCCCAGGAUGGUUUUCCACCUGCACACACCCUUGGCGGGUGAAGCCGCUGAGGUUUUACUGUAAUAAAGUACUGCUUGGUGAAUCACCUCCCCUCCAACGACAGGUAAGAUGAAAGUUAGAUAAAGUGAAGCUUGUGUGUGGUUAGCUCUCGUGGGUGUGACCUGACCAAAGGGAACCCGUUGAAGUGUGAGGCACGACUCGAUCACAGUGGAUCCCCUCAUCAUGACGCCCUUUCUGUUUCUCCUCUUCGUUAUUACUGGUUGCUGUGUGGGGCAGGAUCUUCUGCCAGACGGUCCAGUGGAGGCAGUUUUGAGGAAAAAUGUCACUUUCGAAACCCUGGUUGAUUUCAAAGACGACUUCAUCACCUUUACCUGGUAUUUCAGCCGCGGGAGUGAGCUGAAACCCAUCGUCACUGUAACGCCAACAGGGGAAACGGUGUCUGAAGGCUACCAGGGACGAGUGCAGGUGAACCGGACCAAUGGAUUCUUGACCCUGGGGCCUCUGAAGGCGAACGACAGAGGGUAUUAUAAGGCCACCAUGGUAACUUCUAAAAAGAGACUGACUGGAGAGACCAUGCUCCGAAUUCUGGGAUGCUGUAAAUGGUACGCACUGCCUGAGGGUCCAGUGGAUGCAGUCUUGGGGAAAAAUGUGACUUUCAAAACCCUGAUUGAUCCCAAAGAGGAGAUCAAUGCCACAGUCUGGUUUUACAGCAGUGGAGGUAAACUGAUACGCGUCGCCGAUUACAGCAGAGUGGAGGAGAGCGUGGCGUUUGUGCCUCACCAGGGAAGAGUGACGGUGAACCAGACCAACGGCUUCAUGACAAUGGGGCCUCUGGUCAUGGCAGACAGCGGGGAUUAUCACGUCAACAUCUUUACUCCGAAAGGAGUGAUGAUCGGAGAGACCAAGCUGCGAGUUCUGGAGCCGGUGUCAGACGUGAACAUCAGGGCCAACGUUUCUGAGAUGGUAGAGUUCAACAGCACUGUGGUUCUCACCUGCUCUGCUCGGGGCUCAUUCCUCAAAUUCUCCUGGACCAGCGGCACCACACCCAUCAUGGCCGACAACACACGAGUCACUAUUGAAGAGGAAGCCACGUCCAGUGUUCUGACUAUCAGUGGUAUUCGGAGUUCAGACCUAACUGGCUCCAUCUACUGCACAGCUGCCAACCAGCUGGAGAUGGAGAAGAGCGCCCCCUUCAACCUCACUGUCCUCUUUCCUCCACCUCCACCUGUACUGACUCCAACAAAGCCUGGGAGCAGCAGGUGGUCAGUGACUUUUUUAAAUCCGGAUCCUUGUGCUGUGAAGGGCUCUUCAGUGCAGUUCAGGUGCUCAUACGACUACCCAGAUGGUGAGACUGUCCAAAAGAAUGGGUGGUUCAAAGGAGAGUUCAAGGACAACAGAUGGAAACGCAUUCAGCUCUUGAGUCUUCCUUCAUAUCAGAACCGUGUGAAAUACGUUGGGGACCAAGAGCACAACUGUAGCUUAGAGAUUUACAACCUGCAGGACAAUGACACUGGAUAUUACUACUUCAGAUUUGACACACACACAUACGGAUGGCACAGUAGAAGAUCAGUGUACCUAUCUUUAACAGAUCUGAUUGCCAGUGUGAAACCCAGCAGUGUGAGACAAGGACAAAAUGUAACUCUAACAUGUGACACAUCCUGCAACCUGCCCGAGGAGGCCUCCAUUGUCUGGUUCAGAAAUGGGCAACCAGUUGUGAAAGCAGCCCAGUUCCAGGCCAGUGCAGAGGAUGCUGGGAAUUAUACCUGUGCUGUUGAAGGCCAGGAGUCAGUGCAGAGUGAUCCUGUGGUUCUGGACGUUCAGUCACCCACAGGACUACCAGAGGAGGAGGAAAGUGGUGAACUAAGGACGACAUCCUCACAUGCUGCCACGUCCCCACAUACCACCAUGUCCUCACAUGCUACCACGUCCCCACAUACCACCAUGUCCCCACAAACCACAGUGUCCCUAUAUACCACCCUGUGUUCACAUGCCAACACAGCACAGGAGGGCAGGGAUACAAGGCUGGUUAAUCAGGACUACAUGGACAUCCAACAUGCCUGGUUUGACAAGCUGCACGCAGAACUGGAGGAGAUGCGGCUGAGCUUUGAUAGGAGCCUCCGUCAGAUGGAAAGUCGUACACAUUCCCUGCUGUGGUCCCUGAGCAGAAGACUGGAGCAACUGACAGAGACCAUUGACCGCAACUCAGCCUCCCCACACCAGACCAAAACAUACCUAUCUAUUAGUCAUUUGCUAUCCAAGGGGGCUUCAACAGAGACUCAUUUGAGCCAACACCCAGUCAGUCACCCAGUGAAUCUUCAAAUCAGGGGCCAGCGCAAGCGCGAAGGUCAGAGAGGAAGUCGCACCUAAAAAGCAUUGCUGUUAUGUUCUGGUUCUUUUGUUUGUUGUGUUAAAAGAAAAUGACUAUGACUGUACUCAUUUAUUAAAGAGCCUUGUAUCAGUUAUUUCAUUCAUGUCGUAAAUUUUGAUUCUUCCAGCACAACUUUAAAAUAAACUUUUAAACCAUGAAAAAAA